AUGGCGCGCAUUUCAUUGUUUGGCAAGGAGGGUAAAUAUACCCCCGCUGGAGUACCAAGAACAGCAAGUCUGUGGGAACUGACGCAGACGCGGUCCGCGUCCCUCUGGUGGUGUGGGGGAGAAGCUCACGAUCCCGUCUGGAACAGUGUUGGAGAAAGCAGGAACAGUGUUGGAGAAAGCAGGGCAGUGUUGGAGAAAGCAGGAACAGUGUUGGAGAAAGCAGGGCAGUGUUGGAGAAAGCAGGAACAGUGUUGGAGAAAGCAGGAACAUUGUUGGAGAAAGCAGGGCAGUGUUGGAGAAAGGAGAAGUGUUGGAGAAAGCAGGGCAGUGUUAGAAAAAGCAGGAACAGUGUUGGAGAAAGCAGAACAGUGUUGGAGAAAGGAGAACAGUGUUGGAGAAAGUAGGGCAGUGUUGGAGAAAGCAGGGCAGUGGAGAAAGCAGGGCAGUGUUGGAGAAAGGAGGGCAGUGUUGGAGAAAGCAGGGCAGUGUUGGAGAAAGCAGGUCAGUUUUGGAGAAAGCAGGGCAGUGUUGGAGAAAGGAGAACAGUGUUGGAGAAAGCAGAACAGUGUUGGAGAAAGCAGGAACAGUGUUGGAGAAAGCAGAAGUGUUGGAGAAAGCAGGAACAGUGUUGGAAAAAGCAGGAACAGUGUUGAAGAAAGCAGAACAGUGUUGGAGAAAGCAGGGCAGUGUUGGAGAAAGCAGGAAGUGUUGGAGAAAGCAGGAACAGUGUUGGAGAAAGCAGGAACAGUGUUGGAGAAAGCAGGGCAGUGUUGGAGAAAGCAGGAACAGUGUUGGAGAAAGCAGGACAGUGUUGGAGAAAGCAGGAACAGUGUUGGAGAAAGCAGGAACAGUGUAGGAGAAAGCAGGACAGUGUUGGAGAAAGCAGGAACAGUGUUGGAGAAAGCAGGACAGUGUUGGAGAAAGCAGAACAGUGUUGGAGAAAGCAGGAACAAUGUUAGAGAAAGCAGGAACAGUGUUGGAGAAAGCAGGGCAGUGUUGGAGAAAGCAGGGCAGUGUUGGAGAAAGCAGGAACAGUGUUGGAGAAAGCAGAACAGUGUUGGAGAAAGCAGGAAGUGUUGGAGAAAGCAGGAACAGUGUUGGAGAAAGCAGGAACAGUGUUGA